CAACAUCACAUAUGUAAUAACCUAAACAGCUGAUCUGUAUCACAUGAAUUGUUAUGUGUGCCUUUAAUUAUACCAUACGUACAGUUAAUCAGAACCAUUAUUUAUUAUCUGUCUAAACCAUUUAAUACUCUUUUUACAGACACGACCAGAUCACUGAGAGGUAUCGGGUAUUGAUGUAACUGGAGUGAAUAAGGAAACCUUCUUCCUGAGCACAGACAUUGGAGCCUGUUAUCAGCAUGAACUCAUAUGUGUUAGACAAACACUUGUAUAGUUCAUAUCCCUCCUUCACUACAGAAAGCAUCAGAAUGAUACCGCAAACUCCAAAAAUCUUAGACACCAAUGACUAUUCACAAACAUUGGGGAUAUCACAAAAGAUAUUAAAAGAUGAUGGUGAAUUAGCAGGACCUGGCCAGCAGUCAUUAUGUACAGAGAGUGAUUUAGUCAUCAAACAAGAGGAAAUCAUUUAUGAAAUUAUUAUCCCAGAGGAUAAACCACAUACAUUUACUGAUUUUUCAAAACAUAUUAAAGAAGAAAAAAGUCUACAGUCUAACCAAAUGAUUCAUACAAAGGAGAACCCUUUCAAAUGUACAGAAUGUAAGAAAAGCUUUAGAUGGAAGUCUCAUCUACUAGAACAUUACAAAAUUCACACAGGUGAUAAACCACACACAUGUACUGAGUGCGGUAAAUGUUUUACACAAAUGGGUAAUCUGAAAACUCAUAAAAAGAUUCACACAGGAGAAAAGCCUUUCACAUGUAUAGAGUGUGGAAAAAGUUUUACACACAAGAGUGAGCUGAAAACUCAUGAAAGGAUUCACACAGGAGAAAAGCCGUUCACAUGUAUAGAGUGUGGAAAAUGUUUUACACAAAUAAAUAGUCUGAAAACUCAUGAAUUGAGUCACACGGGAGAAAAGCCUUUCACAUGUAUACAGUGUGGAAAAAGUUUUACAGAAAAAAGUAAUCUGAAAACUCAUGAAAGGAGUCACACAGGAGAAAAGCCUUUCACAUGUACAGAGUGUGGAAAAUGUUUUAGAGACAAAAGUAAUCUGAAAACUCAUGAAAGGAUUCACACAGGAGAAAAGCCUUUCACAUGUACAGAUUGUGGAAAAAGUUUUAUACAAAUAAAUAGUCUGAAAACUCAUGAAUUGAGUCACACGGGAGAAAAGCCUUUCACAUGUAUACAGUGUGGGAAAUGUUUUACACUAAAGAGUAAUCUGAUAUAUCAUGAAAGGAGUCACACAGGAGAAAAGCCUUUCACAUGUUUAACGUGUGGAAGAAGUUUUACAGACAAAAGUAAUCUGAAAACUCAUGAAAGGAUUCACACAGGAGAAAAGCCUUUCACAUGUACAGAGUGUGGAAAAAGUUUUACAGACAAAAGUAAUCUGAAAACUCAUGAAAGGAGUCACACAGGAGAAAAGCCGUUCACAUGUACAGAGUGUGGGAAAUGUUUUACACAUAAGGGUAGUCUGAAAACUCAUGAAAGGAUUCACAAGGGAAGAAACCUUCUCUCACUAUUAUCAGGUCUUAGUAACAUAUCUUUCAGUGAUCUUCCACGUUUGAACCCAACCAGUGGAGUCACACAGGAUGCAAAGGACUUGGUGAUACGGGAAGCGGACAAAGGAGGAGCCCUGGUCUUGCAGGACUAUCGUGAUUAUAAGCAAGAAAUUGUGCAGCAACUAUCCGAUAGUGAGACAUACAGACGAUUACCGGGCAAUCCUACAGGAUCAUUUAAAACAAGAAUUGACAAUUAUCUGGAAUGUCUAUAUCAACAAGGCAUGAUAGAUAAAGCCCUGAGGGAUUAUUUACAAGGGGAAUAUCCCAUUGUCCCUGUGAUCUACACCUUACCUAAGGUGCACAAAAAUCCCAUCACUCCUCCAGGAAGGCCAAUUGUGUCACAGUUUAAGCGAGUGGUACGCAAUAAUAGCAACCAGGAGAAGAAGGAACAGCAAUUACACGAGAUGUAUAAGAAAUUUACAGAUCGGGGAUAUGGAUCCAAGCAUCUUGACCAGUCACUAGUGGAGGCAUCACUGCUUACACAAGAACAGGCACUCACUAAGUUGGAGAAAGAUAGGAGUGAAAAGAAAAUGAUCUUCACCACCAUAUUUUCACCGGAAAAAGUACAGUUCUCCAAUAUCUUGAAGGAACAUUGGGAAAUUCUGGAGAGUGACAAAACCUUACCCUUUGCAUCCUGUGUGACUCCACUGGUUGGGUUCAAACGUGGAAGAUCACUGAAAGAUAUGUUACUAAGACCUGAUAAUAGUGAUAGCUAUAUGCCAAGCGUUAAGAUAUCGAAUAAUAUCCCUCAGAUGAUCAAAGACAACUACCUGCCCCUUUUAACCGAACUGCGCACCCUAAAAGACAAAUGGGACUACACUUAUAUCUCAUGGAUAGGUAGAGCUGCUGAGCUGUCUAAAGAGAGGGUGAAGAUCAUUGAGAGUUCCAGCACUAGUGCAGUGUCAGUCCAUGGGAUGGACACAAGUUACACCCUUAGGAAGGGUAAUGACAAUGACUCCAGACAAGACAAUACAGUCCAGUGCCAUGCCAAUACACAACAAAGAAAGACAACAGUACAAGCUGUCUAUAGAGAGACUGAAAACUUAGAGGAAUAUGAAGACAUUCUGGGUCUGACCUUGGAACCAGCUUUUCAGAUUUGUACACUUAAGAAAACAGUAAGCAAAUUUCCAUCAGCUUUGUUUGCUACCAUGCUAAUUGACCAACAAGCCGUAGGAUUCCAAAUGGAUUGUGGAGCAGACUGUCUUGUCAUACCAGCAAGCCAGUGCCAUGCCAAUACACAACAAAGAAAGACAACAGUACAAGCUGUCUAUAGAGAGACUGAAAACUUAGAGGAAUAUGAAGACAUUCUGGGUCUGACCUUGGAACCAGCUUUUCAGAUUUGUACACUUAAGAAAACAGUAAGCAAAUUUCCAUCAGCUUUGUUUGCUACCAUGCUAAUUGACCAACAAGCCGUAGGAUUCCAAAUGGAUUGUGGAGCAGACUGUCUUGUCAUACCAGCAAGGUUCAUCGAAAUGGAGGAUAGGUUGUCUGGGCUCGAGUAUACUGUAGUAACACACGACACUCAGUUAGACGACCUACUGAAACAAAAUAUAAAUCUGCACCAGAGACUAGAAGACCUAGAAAACAGGUCGCGCCGCAAUAAUUUGCGCAUUCUAGGAAUACCUGAAAGUUUAAAACCUAAAGAUCUUAUCCGCUUUGUAGAGGACACCCUGCCUAGGCUCCUUAAACUGACCCCAGCUGUGUUUAAAGGUAGUGUAGAACAAGCUCACAGGGUAGGCCCAGAAAGGCAAACAGAUAGAGGUAACACACAACCCAGACAGGUUAUGACCAGACUGCUACAUUUCCAGCUCAAGGUAGAGAUGCUGCAAGCCUAUAGAAGACCUUCCCCUGUUUUGUUUGAAGGCUCUAAACUUUUAAUAUUUCAAGACUACUCCUCUGAGUUAAUGAGAAAGCGUAAAGAAAUUUCACCAAUUUGUUCUGAAUUGAACAGGAAGAGGGAAAAAGUGUACCUUCUGUACCCAGCUAGACUGAAGCUGUUGACCCCCUCUGGCCCAACGUUUUUUGACUCCCCGCAAGAAGCUAAUGAGUAUUUGGGCCAUAUAAACAUUAGCAUCUGGUUAUCAAACCAUGGAUCCCUAACCUCUCUUGAAAGUGAGAUCUUAUCUGAACUCCAUAAAGAAACAGAGCUACCUAGUGACUGUGAGAAAGACGAAGUCACCGGACUUUACCUUCACAACAAGAAAAUCUAUGUUCCCAAAAAACUCAGAGAUGUCAUUCUACAUCAUCAUCACGACAAUGUUUUAGCAGGACAUAAAGGCAUACAAAAAACCACAGAGCUAAUUAAACGCUACUUCUGGUGGCCUCAUAUGGAACUUUCUAUUAUCUCCUAUAUAAAAAAAUGUGAUAUAUGUGCAAGAAACAAAGUUAUACACAAAAAACCAAUUGGAUAUCUCUCACCACUACCAAUACCGUCUAUGCCAUGGUCCACCAUCUCCAUGGAUUUCAUAGUAGAUCUACCCUCAUCUCAACACUUUACCACAAUAUUAGUAGUUGUUGAUCACUUAACAAAACUUGCACAUUUCAUCCCUCUCAAGAAUCUACCUACUGCUAUGACUACAGCUGGAGUAUUUUUGAAACACAUAGUACGCUUACAUGGCAUUCCCACUACCAUCAUUUCUGAUCGGGGUACACAGUUUACCUCAGCUCUCUGGAAAUCACUUUGUAAACUCCUACAAAUAGAGACUAGGUACUCAACUUCAUUCCACCCUCAAACCAACGGGUUGACUGAACGCCUAAAUCAGACUUUAGAGCAGUUCCUAAGAUGUUACAUAACCCACUUACAGGACGAUUGGAUUGAAUACCUACCUAUGGCAGAAUUCUCUUAUAACAAUUCUAUAUCAACAUCCACGAAGAUGACUCCAUUCUUUGCCACUUAUGGAUAUAAUCCAUCCACUAUAGCCAUAUCGCAUGCCCCGGUCUCUUGUCCAAGUAUUACUGAUUUCACCUCAACACUAAAAGACAGACUAGACAUACUCAAACUUCAUUUAAGUGAGGCUAAAGAGCGUCAGAAAAAAUAUUAUGACUAUCAUCAUUCACCAACACCUCUCUACAAAAUAGGUGACUUAGUGCUACUCUCUACCAAACAUCUUAAGCUUCAGCUCCCCAGCAAGAAAUUAGCUAAUCAAUAUAUCGGACCGUACCCCAUUAUUUCCAUAGUGAAUCCGAAUGCUGUAAAGUUGAAAUUACCCAUUGAUUGUAGGUUGCACCCUGUAUUCCACGUCUCCCUCCUAAAACCUUAUGACUCCCCUCAUCAAUCAUCUCCUCUCCCUCCUGUUCUGCUUCAGGAUGGCCCGGAGUAUGAGGUGGAGCGAAUUCUUGACUCCAGGGUACGGAGACGUUCUCUCCAGUAUUUGGUUAAGUGGAAAGGUUAUGACAAACACUUGUAUAGUUCAUAUCCCUCCUUCACUACAGAAAGCAUCAGAAUGAUACCGCAAACUCCAAAAAUCUUAGACACCAAUGACUAUUCACAAACAUUGGGGAUAUCACAAAAGAUAUUAAAAGAUGAUGGUGAAUUGGCAGGAACUGGACAGCAAUCAUUAUGUACAGAGAGUAAUUUAGUCAUCAAACAAGAGGAAAUCAUUUAUGAAAUUAUUAUCCCAGAGGAUAAACCACACACAUUUACUGAUUUUUCAAAACAUAUUAAAGAAGAAAAAAGUCUACAGUCUAACCAAAUGAUUCAUACAGAGGAGAACCCUUUCAAAUGUACAGAAUGUAAGAAAAGCUUUAGAUGGAAGUCUCAUCUACUAGAACACUACAAAAUUCACACAGGUGAGAAACCACACACAUGUACUGAGUGUGGUAAAUGUUUUACACAAAUGGGUAAUCUGAAAACUCAUAAAAAGAUUCACACAGGAGAAAAGCCUUUCACAUGUAUAGAGUGUGGAAAAAGUUUUACACACAAGAGUGAGCUGAAAACUCAUGAAUUGAGUCACACGGGAGAAAAGCCUUUCACAUGUAUAGAGUGUGGAAAAAGUUUUACAGAAAAAAGUAAUCUGAAAACUCAUGAAAGGAGUCACACAGGAGAAAAGCCUUUCAGAUGUACAGAGUGUGGAAAAUGUUUUAGAGACAAAAGUAAUCUGAAAACUCAUGAAAGGAUUCACACAGGAGAAAAGCCUUUCACAUGUACAGAUUGUGGAAAAAGUUUUAUACAAAUAAUUAGUCUGAAAACUCAUGAAUUGAGUCACACGGGAGAAAAGCCUUUCAUAUGUAGAGAGUGUGGGAAAUGUUUUACACUAAAGAGUAAUCUGAUAUAUCAUGAAAGGAGUCACACAGGAGAAAAGCCUUUCACAUGUUUAACGUGUGGAAGAAGUUUUACAGACAAAAGUAAUCUGAAAACUCAUGAAAGGAUUCACACAGGAGAAAAGCCUUUCACAUGUUCAACGUGUGGAAAAAGUUUUACAGACAAAAGUAAUCUGAAAACUCAUGAAAGGAGUCACACAGGAGAAAAGCCGUUCACAUGUACAGAGUGUGGGAAAUGUUUUACACAUAAGGGUAGUCUGAAAACUCAUGAAAGGAUUCACAAGGGAAGAAACCUUUCACAUUACAAACACUUGUAUAGUUCAUAUCCCUCCUUCACUACAGAAAGCAUCAGAAUGAUACCGCAAACUCCAAAAAUCUUAGACACCAAUGACUAUUCACAAACAUUGGGGAUAUCACAAAUGAUAUUAAAAGAUGAUGGUGAAUUGGCAGGAACUGGGCAGCAGUCAUUAUGUACAGAGAAUAAUUUAGUCAUCAAACAAGAGGAAAUCAUUUAUGAAAUUAUUAUCCCAGAUAAUGAACCACACACACAUACUGAGUUUUCAAAACAUAUUAAAGAAGAAAAAAGUCCACAGUCUAACCAAAUGUUUCAUACAAAGGAGAAACCUUUCAAAUGUACAGAAUGUGAGAAAAGCUUUAGAUGGAAGUCUCAUCUACUAGAACACUACAAAAUUCACACAGGUGAGAAACCACACACAUGUACUGAGUGCGGUAAAUGUUUUACACGAAUGGGUAAUCUGAAAACUCAUAAAAAGAGUCACACAGGAGAAAAGCCUUUCACAUGUACAGAGUGUGGAAAAUGUUUUACACACAAGUGUGAGCUGAAAACUCAUGAAAGGAUUCACACAGGAGAAAAGCCGUUCACAUGUACAGUGUGUGGAAAAUGUUUUACACAAAUAAAUAGUCUGAAAACUCAUGAAAUGAUUCACACAGGAGAAAGGCCCUUCACAUGUACAGAGUGUGGAAAAAGUUUUACAGAAAAAAGUAGUCUGAAAACUCAUGAAAGGAGGCACACAGGAGAAAAGCCUUUCACAUGUACAGAGUGUGGAAAAAGUUUUACAGACAAAAGUAAUCUGAAAACUCAUGAAAAGAGUCACACGGGGGAAAAGCCUUUUACAUGUACAGAGUGUGGAAAAAGUUUUAUGCAAAAAAGUUAUCUGAAAAGUCAUGAACUAAUUCACACAGGAGAAGAGCCUUUCACAUGUACAGAGUGUGGAAAAUGUUUUACACAAAUAAAUAGUCUGAAAAGUCAUGAAAUGAGUCACACAGGAGAAAGGCCCUUCACAUGUACAGAGUGUGGAAAAAGUUUUACAGAAAAAAGUAAUCUGAAAACUCAUGAAAGAAUUCACACAGGAGAAAAGCCGUUCACAUGUACAGCGUGUGGAAAACGUUUUACAGACAAAAGUAAUCUGAAAACUCAUGAAAGGCGUCACACAGGAGAAAAGCCUUUCACUUGUACAGAGUGUGGGAAAUGUUUUACACAUAAGAGCAGUCUGAAAACUCAUGAAAGGAUUCACAAGGGAAGAAACCUUUCAUAUGUUUGGAAAGAAGUAGAAUAUUUACAGAUUGACCUCAAUAACAUCAAAGUGGCCAUUGCUACAUUGGAGGAGGAAAUUCGUCAGAGUAUUUCUACAGAUGAAUGGGACAAACUAAUAUCUGCUAAUAAAGAAUUACUCACUGAGAUGAGAGCUACGAUCGAGGAAAGGAAGAGGUUAAAGUUCCAAAGGGACUCUGAUGAUUAUUCCUCCAAUCGAAUUUACCGCUGGGUAUACGACCCUAUGGGAAAAGAGCGCUACGUUACUUCCGGCGCAAGGAGAAGGCAACAGCGACGCAAUGCAGCGUCAGGCAGCAGCUCCGACUCAUCCUCUGAUUUUUUACAAACAGAGGCCUCCGACAGUGCAGGAGAAGGGGCCGGAAACAUCGGGGGCACAAGCAAGGCAACCAAGAGGAUUCACACAGGAGAAAAGCCUUUCGCAUGUACAGAGUGUGGAAAAAGUUUUAUACAGAAGAGUCAUCUGAAAAAGCAUGAAAGAAGUCACACAGGAGAAAAGCUUUUCACAUGUGCAGAGUGUAGAAAAAGUUUUACAGAAAAAAGUAAUCUGAAAAUGCAUGAAAGGAUUCACACAGGAGAAAAGCUGUUCACAUGUACAGAGUGUGGGAAAAGUUUUAUACAAAAGAGUGAACUGAAAAGUCAUGAAAGGAUUCACACAGGAGAAAAGCCUUUUACAUGUACAGAGUGUGGAAAAAGUUUUACACAAAAAAAUGAGCUGAAAACUCAUGAAAGGAUUCACACAGGAGAAAAUCCAUUCACAUGUACAGAGUGUGGAAAAUUUUGUAUACAUAAGAGUGAACUGAAAACUCAUGAAAGGAUUCACACUGGGGAAAAGCCUUUCACUUGUACAGAGUGUGGGAAAUGUUUUACACUAAAGUGUAAUCUGAAAACUCAUGAAAGGAUUCACACAGGAGAAAAGCCUUUCACAUGUACAGAGUGUGGAAAAAGUUUUACACAAAUAAAUAGUCUGAAAAAGCAUGAAACUAGUCACACAGGAGAAAAGCCUUUCACAUGUACAGAGUGUGGGAAAUUGACAAUAUGCUCAUCUCAGCUACUAGAACACCACAACAUUCACACAGGUGAGAAACCACACACAUGUACUCAGUGUGGCAAAUAUUUUACACAAAUGGGUAAUCUGACAACUCAUAAAAAGAUUCACACAGGGGAAAAGCCUUUCACAUGUACACAUUGUGGAAAAUGUUUUACACAAAAGAGUAAUCUGAAAAAACAUGAAAGUAUUCACACAGGAGAAAAGCCGAUCAAAUGUACAGAGUGUGGAAAAAGUUUUAUACAAAAGAGUGAACUAAAAGUUCAUGAAAGGAUUCACACAGGAGAAAAGCCUUUCACAUGUACAGAGUGUGGAAAAAGUUUUACAGAAAAAAGUAAUCUGAAAAUGCAUGAAAGGAUUCACACAGGAGAAAAGCCGUUCACAUGUACAGAGUGUGGAAAAAGUUUUACAAUAAAAAGUAGUCUGAAAAGUCAUGAAAGGAUUCACACAGGAGAAAAGCCUUUCACAUGUACAGAGUGUGGAAAAAGUUUUAUACAAAAGAGUGAACUAAAAGUUCAUGAAAGGAUUCACACAGGAGAAAAACCUUUCACAUGUACAGAGUGUGGGAAAUGUUUUACACAUAAGAGUCAUCUGAAAAGACAUGAAAGGAUUCACACAGGGGAAAAGCCAUUCACAUGUACAGAGUGUGGAAAAAGUUUUACACAUAAGAGUGAGCUGAAAACUCAUGAAAGGUUUCACACAGGAGAAAAGCCUUUCACAUGUACAGAGUGUGGAAAAGGUUUUACACAAAAGAGUGAGCUGAAAACUCAUGAAAGGUUUCACACAGGAGAAAAGCCUUUCACAUGUACAGAGUGUGGAAAAGGUUUUACAGAGAAGAGUAGUCUGAAAAAGCAUGAAAGGAUUCACACAGGAGAAAAGCCGUUCAUAUGUACAAAGUGUGGAAAAAGUUGUAUACAUAAGAGUGAACUGAAAAUUCAUGAAAGGAUUCACACAGGGGAAAAGCCUUUCACAUGUACAGAGUGUGGAAAAAGUUUUACACUAAAGAGUAAUCUGAAAAGUCAUGAAAGGAUUCACACAGGAGAAAAGCCUUUCACAUGUACAGAGUGUGGAAAAUGUUUUACACAAAUAAAUCAUCUGAAAAAGCAUGAAAGGAUUCACACAGGAGAAAAGCCUUUCACUUGUACAGAGUGUGGAAAAAGAUUUACACGAAUGCAUCAUCUGAAAAAGCAUGAAAGGAGUCACACAGGAGAAAAGCCGUUCACAUGUACAGAUUGUGGAAAAUGUUUUACACAAAUAAAUCAUCUGAAAAAGCAUGAAACUAGUCACACAGGAGAAAAGCCUUUCACAUGUACAGUGUGGGAAAUGUUUUACACAUAAGAGUUAUCUUAAAAGUCAUGAAAGGAUUUACAAGGGAAGAAACCUUUCACAUGUUUGGAAAGUAGAAAAAAGGUUUUUUUUUGUUUGUUUUUUUAAAAACAAGCUUUAUUAAAUGUUCCAUUCAGUUA